AUGGCCUUCGCCACCCUGAGCAAGGUGCUGCUCAGCGACAACCUGGACCCCUGCUGCAAGCAGCUGCUGCAGGCCGGCGGCAUCCAGGCGCUGGACAAGCCCAACCUGAGCCGGGAGCAGCUGCUGGCGGAGAUCCAGGACUGCGAUGGGCUCAUUGUCCGCUCAGCGACCAAAGUGACCGCGGACGUCAUCCAGGCCGCUGAGAAGCUGCAGGUGAUCGGGCGGGCGGGCACCGGCGUCGACAAUGUGGACGUGGAGGCAGCUACGAGGAAGGGCAUCCUGGUGAUGAACACGCCCACCGGGAACAGCCUGAGCGCAGCGGAGCUCACCUGCGGGAUGAUCCUGAGCCUGGCCAGGCAAAUCCCCCAAGCAGCCGCCUCGAUGAAGGAGGGGAAGUGGGACCGCAAGAAGUUCAUGGGAAUGGAGCUUCACGGGAAAACCCUGGGCAUCCUGGGCCUUGGCCGCAUCGGGAGAGAAGUGGCCAUCAGGAUGCAGGCCUUCGGGAUGAAGACCAUAGGGUACGAUCCCAUCAUCACAUCCGAGGACUCGGCUGCCUUCGGAGUGCAGCAGCUGCCCUUGGAGCAGAUCUGGCCCCUGUGCGACUUCAUCACGGUGCACACGCCGCUCCUGCCCUCCACCACAGGGUUACUGAAUGACAGCACCUUUGCCAAGUGCCGGUGGGGUGUGCAGGUGGUGAACUGUGCCCGAGGGGGCAUUGUGGAUGAGGGGGCACUGCUUCGGGCACUGCAGUCUGGCCAGUGUGGGGGGGCCGGCCUCGACGUCUUCACUGAGGAGCCACCCCGGGACCGCACCCUGGUGAACCAUCCCAAUGUGAUCAGCUGCCCUCACCUGGGCGCCAGCACCCGGGAAGCACAGAGUCGCUGUGGCAAAGAAAUCGCCCUUCAGUUUGUGGACCUGGCCCAGGGGAAGGCGCUGGCUGGCGUGGUAAACGGCCAGGCUCUCAGCAGCGCCUUGGAACCUCAGACCAAGCCCUGGAUCGCCCUGGCUAAAGCCCUGGGUGUGCUGCUGCAGACAUUGGCCAGCCCAGUGAAGGGAAGCGUGCAGGUCUCCACACUGGGAGCGCCUUUGCAGAAGGCCGGGAGUUACCUGAGCCCUGCCGUGGCUACCGGCCUGCUAGAAGGAGCAGCACAAAAGGAUGUGAACCUGGUGAACGGGCUGCUGCUGGCCCAGGAGGCUGGGCUAAAGGUCACGGCCACUCACAGCAACGCAGUGCCAGAGCCGUACAGCGGUGACAGCCUCCUGCAGGUCACCCUACAGGGGACCCCCUCCAGGCUAAUGGGCUCGGUCCAAGGCAGCACCCCCAUCCUGCAGGAGCUCAACGGAGCCAACUUCAAGCAGCCAGUUCCUCUCACCGGCCACCUGCUGCUCUACAGAGCCAAAGCUGCCAACGCCAGCACACUGCCCGCAGUGAUCGGGCUGCUGGGGAAGGCUCGGGUACAGCUCCAGUCCUACCACAGCUCCUAUGCUGUGGCGGGAGAACAGUGGAGCAUCUUGGGAAUCUCUUCAGCGGUCGGGGCCCUCGGUGACGUGGAGCAGCAUGUGACAGAGGUCUUCCAGCUCACGCUCUAG